AUGCCGACGUGUGGGACUCUUGUCCAGUUUUGGGAAUCGGUUGCGGCGUGCGAAGCCGCGGGCCGCGAUGCGAAAACGGUCUUGGAAUUGUUUUCCGGUAUCGGGGGGUACCGCUAUGGCUUCAGUUAUGCAGGAAUUCGAGCUCACCACUUGGCAGUGGAAAUAAACCCAGUGGCUAACGCGGUAUACAGACAUAACGCAGACCGUUCUCCCUUGUUCUCUUGUGUUUUGGCCAAAGACAUUACGAGUAUGCCCAAAUCGUGGUUCGAAGCAAACGCGUGCGACAUCUGGUGCAUGUCACCGCCCUGUCAGCCAUACAGUCGACAAGGGAACCAGCGCGACCUCGAGGAUGCGCGCACGCAGCCUCUGAAGCACCUCAUGCAGGUCUUAGAAGCUCUAACUAACAAGCCCAAAACAAUAGUUAUCGAGAACGUCCCGCCCUUCCUCGGCAGCCAAACCUGGAACGACCUGUGCUUACCAGCCCUCAGACGGGCAGGCUACCAAACCCAAACACUAGUCGUCUCUACGCUGGACAGCGGGGUCCCCAAUAACCGUAAGCGGUUCUACGCCGUCGCACGACUCGACGCGCGACCUCUCAACCUCGACUGGCCAUCCAUCAGGGCCAAGUUCCUAACCCCGGUCGAGGCUCUACUCGACCCACCCAACCAAUACUUGUGCAACCCCCUUGAGGGAGCCAUCUCUUCUUCCGAAAACACCACCACUAUCCCCGUUGCUCUUCUGAACGGGCUGGAAGCGGCAGACAUCUAUAUCAACAAGCAUCCCAAUGAACUGCAGGAGCUGCCGAAUGAUAUGAAAUGUCUAGUGCGGCCUGCGCCCGUUGUGUUGCCUCUGGAUCACCCGGCGACUCUGCCUGGCUCUCCCAAGCAACCGGCACAGACAGUUAUCGUGCCCGUCCCUCGGCAUUACACCGUCUGCUUCACCAAAGCGUACGGUAGAUACGUCCGGGGGACCGGCAGCAUUCUCUGGGAUAACGGACGGCUCCGUUUCUUUUCACCAAAUGAAGUAGCACGCCUUAUGGGAUACCAUACGGCUUCUGUGAAAUCUGGUUGCUGUCGUGGAGGAGCGACUGGCGGCAGAGAAGUGGCCGGUGGUAGAGAAGUGACCGGCGGAAGAGAGCCAUCGUGGCCGGAAGGGACUGAGCCAUUGGUGUGGCCGGAAGGCUUGAGGACAGUUAAGAAGUACCAGCUCUUGGGCAAUUCCCUGAAUCCGAAAAUAAUCGCCCUUCUGCUUUCCGCCAUUAGCUGA